AUGAUUAAAACGAGUACAUUAGAAUCAAAAGAAUUCAAUUUUGAAUUUCUUGAAGACUACAAAGACCUCGAAAGGGACCUGUCAUCUCUUGUAGAAUCAGAAGAGAGGCUUAUUCAGCUGUCUGGGCUAGAUCCAUCAGACAUAAAAUCUUACCCAGUCCAAAUAGACUAUUCUCGGGAAUCCAGUCAAGAAAAUACUCAAGAAUCGGGAGGGUUUUGGGGAUUCUUCAAAUCAUUUUUCCGCUGAAGACAAAAAUCUGUUAUUAAGGAGAAAUCCUCUGUGUAUUUAUGGACCUAUGAGUUUGGAGAUCCGACCAAGCCAACUCUAGUCUUCCUCCAUGGCUAUAUUGGAGCUAGUCUGCUUUACUUCAAAGGAUUCAAUUUUUUGAAACAGCACUUUCAUGUUUACAUGGUAGAUUUACUAGGAAUGGGAAGAAGUAGUAGAUUGCCUUUUGACUGUGAGAAUUAUGAAGAUUGAGAGGAAUGGUUCAAUUCUUCAAUCCAUGCAUGGAUCAAUGCUAUGAGUAUUAACAAAUAUGUCCUUCUCGGACACUCCUUAGGAGCCUUCAUUGCAGCCAAGUAUGCUACAAAAUAUCCUGAGGGAAUCAUUAAGCUUAUCUUGCUUUCAUGAUACUCAGUUGAGAAGACCUCAGAUAGAGACCUUGAGAAAUAUUAUGAAAAUCAAAACUCUGAGCCCUUCGGGCCAAGAAUGUUCUCUAAAGCUCUUGAUUUCUUCCUUGAUCAAGGUUAUUCUCCUUGCGGAUGGAUGAGAUAUGCAGGCAAGAAAGUAUCAAAGAUGGUAUUAAAUCAGUGCCUUGAUGUGUAUAAAAGAAUGCUUAAAAGAGAAGAAAUUGAUGCUAUUGGAGACUACUUAACAAACUUAAUCCAGCUAAAUGGAAGUUCUGAGUACUGUGUACCAAUUAUGUUUCCAACAAAGUCUAUUACUAAGUAUGCUCUCUGGCAUGAUCUGGAAAAUCUAAAGAAGCACAAUAUUGAAUUAUCUUUUUACUAUGCAGAUGAUGAUUGGUGCAAUACUGAUUAUAAUGGAAACUUAGUCUCAGAUCAACUUAAGGAAGAAGGAUAUAGAGUUUACAUAAUUCCAAAGAGCAACCAUCAACUUAUGGCUUCAAACUCUCAAGAAACCUGCAGGUCUUUAUUUGAUGACAUCUCAAACAGCGAAGCUCUUUCUAUUCUUAAUAAAUCCUUCAAAUAA